CCACUGCGAGGUGAAGCUUUAAACUUCAGACUUGGAGGUGGGCUGCACGCAGUCAACUGGAUGCUCUCGCGCGCAGUCCUCAGCACCGGAGUGAUCUGAAGCAGGACGGACCGGCUCAGGCUGCAGCUGCUGUGGCUUUGUGUGCACUGGAUGCCGCGCUCCGCAGACGGGGGAGGGUUUUUACUUCAACUCACAGGCAAUGGAAUUACAGCUGUAGCAGCAGGGUAUAAAGGAUUGCUUUUUUUCUCGUCUUCCUGGAGGUGUUCAGUCCUGGCCUAUUUUAAGGAAAAGAAAUAUAAAGGAAAUUUAUAUUCUCUUUCCAUGAAGACUAUUUGCAUUGUUUCCUUUGCUUCUUAAAAGAGACUUCACCAUCCCAGUGGAACGUGACUGAAACAGAGUUUCUGAGAAGAAGAAAUAGCUAUUUCACAGCAGUAAUAGAAGCUACCUGCUAUAAAGACCUCAACACUGCUGACCAUGAUCAGCCCAGCCUGGAGCCUCUUUCUCAUCGGGACUAAAAUUGGGCUGUUCUUCCAAGUGGCACCUCUGUCAGUUAUGGCUAAAUCCUGUCCAUCUGUGUGUCGCUGUGACGCCGGUUUCAUUUACUGUAAUGAUCGCUCUCUGACAUCCAUUCCAAUGGGAAUUCCGGAGGAUGCUACAACACUCUACCUUCAGAACAACCAAAUAAACAAUGUUGGGAUUCCUUCAGAUUUGAAAAACUUGCUGAAAGUACAAAGAAUAUAUCUAUACCACAACAGUUUGGAUGAAUUUCCCACCAACCUUCCAAAGUAUGUGAAAGAGUUACAUUUGCAAGAGAAUAACAUAAGAACUAUCACGUAUGAUUCACUUUCAAAAAUUCCAUAUCUGGAAGAGUUACACUUGGAUGAUAACUCAGUGUCAGCUGUUAGCAUCGAAGAGGGAGCAUUUCGAGACAGCAACUAUCUGCGACUGCUUUUUCUGUCCCGCAACCACCUUAGCACAAUUCCCGGGGGCUUGCCCAGGACUAUAGAAGAGUUACGCCUGGAUGACAAUCGCAUAUCAACUAUCUCUUCACCGUCCCUUCAUGGUCUCACAAGCCUGAAACGCCUGGUUUUAGAUGGAAACUUGUUGAACAACCAUGGUUUGGGUGACAAAGUUUUCUUCAACUUAGUAAACUUAACAGAACUGUCCCUGGUGCGGAAUUCCUUGACAGCCGCACCAGUGAACCUUCCAGGCACAAGCCUGAGGAAGCUUUACCUUCAAGACAACCACAUCAACCGGGUACCCCCAAAUGCUUUUUCUUAUUUAAGGCAGCUGUAUCGACUCGAUAUGUCCAAUAAUAACCUAAGCAAUUUACCUCAGGGUAUCUUUGAUGAUUUGGACAAUAUAACCCAACUGAUACUUCGCAACAACCCCUGGUAUUGUGGGUGCAAGAUGAAAUGGGUACGAGACUGGCUACAGUCACUACCUGUGAAGGUCAAUGUGCGUGGGCUCAUGUGCCAAGCUCCAGAAAAGGUUCGUGGGAUGGCUAUCAAGGACCUCAGUGCAGAAUUGUUUGAUUGUAAGGACAGUGGGAUUGUGAGCACCAUUCAGAUAACCACGGCAAUACCUAACACAGCAUAUCCUGCUCAAGGACAGUGGCCAGCUCCUGUGACCAAACAACCAGAUAUUAAAAACCCCAAGCUCAUUAAGGAUCAGAGAACUACAGGCAGCCCGUCUCGAAAAACCAUUUUAAUUACUGUGAAGUCUGUCACCUCUGACACGAUCCAUAUCUCCUGGAGACUUGCUCUGCCUAUGACUGCUCUAAGACUCAGCUGGCUUAAACUGGGCCACAGCCCAGCAUUUGGAUCUAUAACAGAAACAAUAGUAACAGGAGAGCGCAGCGAAUACUUGGUCACAGCCCUAGAACCUGACUCACCCUAUAGAGUAUGCAUGGUUCCCAUGGAAACCAGUAACCUUUACCUGUUUGAUGAAACCCCUGUUUGUAUUGAGACUGAAACUGCCCCUCUUCGAAUGUACAACCCCACAACCACCCUCAAUCGAGAGCAAGAAAAAGAACCUUACAAAAAUCCGAAUUUACCUUUGGCGGCUAUCAUUGGUGGGGCUGUGGCCCUGGUGACCAUCGCCCUCCUUGCUUUGGUGUGUUGGUAUGUGCAUAGGAACGGGUCACUGUUCUCCCGGAACUGUGCAUACAACAAAGGGAGGAGAAGAAAGGACGACUAUGCAGAAGCUGGCACUAAGAAGGACAACUCUAUCCUGGAAAUCAGGGAAACGUCUUUUCAGAUGCUACCCAUAAGCAAUGAACCCAUCUCCAAGGAGGAGUUUGUAAUACACACCAUAUUUCCUCCGAAUGGGAUGAAUCUGUACAAAAACAACCACAGUGAGAGCAGUAGUAACCGAAGCUACAGAGACAGUGGGAUUCCAGACUCAGACCACUCACACUCAUGAUGCAGGAGGUCCCAUGCCAGACUGCUUCAGGGUUUGUAAACCUAAGAAAGGCGAUAGUGGGAACUCUGUACUACUGCAAAACACUGGAAAAAGAAACUGAGAAAAGCAAUGUACUGUACAUUUGCCAUAUAAUUUAUAUUUAAGAACUUUUUAUUAAAAGUUUCAGAUUUCAGGUUGCUGCUGCGGUUGAUGUAGUAGAGAUGCCUGAACACAAUUCUAUAUUUUAGUAUUUUUUAGUAAUUUGUACUGUAUUUUCCUUGCAGAUAUUGAAGUUAUAAACCAUUUACUUUGUGUUCUACUGAGUAAGAUGACUUGUUGACUGUGAAAGUGAAUUUUCUUGCUGUGUUGAACAAUCAGGACUGCGUUCACAUGAGAUCCUUGUAGUAUAAGCACAGGCCGUUUUUCACUUUGGUAAAUAUAAUGUUAAAAAAAAAAAAAAAGAAGAAGAAGAAACCUGGCUGAAUGAGAAAAUAAAUUUCAAAAACUAGUUAUGAAAUAAUGUUCCAAUGAUUAAAUUUGUAUUAUCCCAGUGAUAUUCAAUAAAUCGAAAUAUGUGACAUAAUGGGCAAUAUCAAACUUGCUGAACAUCUCAUUUUACCCUAGGCAAAUUAAAUAUCUGUAGGAAAGUUAAGCAUGUUUUGUGAACUGAGUACAUCAGCUGCCAUAGAAACAAUGAGAAACAAUGUGAAGCCGGCUAUUAAAGGCACAGUCAGCAGAGCUUCAAGAAUUAAGGGACUUCACAAGAACAGUGAUGUAUGUGCAGGAGGGUGUGUACUUAAAAAAAAACCACUACAACUUAGACUUAUGUAGUGCAAUCAAUACAUUUACUAGAACUGCAUCUUGGUUUUGCCUGUACCUUCGAGACUCUUGAAAAAAAAAAAUGAAUCCUAAAUACAGAGUUGUUAGUGUUUAUGCUGUUUUUAUUGCAAAGGAUGCUUAAGCAAAAUGUCUGUGUAGUUAAGAAGGUAGUGAAUCCAUCAGCAGCAAUUCCUCUCAGUGAUCCAGAGAAAGUAGUACUGUAAGCAAGUGAGAAUUUCAAAGAAAAAUAAACACUAGAAAUCAAAUUUAGAUCUGGCUUAUAUGAGAUGCUUUAACACUGUACAUAAAUAUUCAAUUUAUUUUCACAAUGGUGGAGAAUACUGCCCAUUACUGUCACAGUUUUCCAGAUAUUACAUAAUGGACUUGUAAUGUAACAUUUCUUUACAGCUUCCUACUGAAUUGUGAGCUAUAACUUGUUUAAAAAACCAUACCACAUUUUGUUGCCAUGAAUUUUUUUUUCAACAACAACAACAAAAAAAAAAAAAACCAAAGUGCAUUGUACGCCCUUUGGCCAGUCUUGUAUGUGCCUUGAUUAAACGCUACAUGUAUUCAGCUUUUGAAACUCGACAAAUUUUUCAUACUUCCUUAGAUAUGAAAAAUUAUGGUCUUAUUGCUGAAUAAAACUUAAGAAAAACA